AUGAUUGGUCCAGACAUUGAUGCCAAAAUGGGUGAGCGAAACUCCACGCUUUCGUUUUCCUCUUUUCCCCCAAUUCGCAAAUCUGAAUCUCUUUCGUAUUUAGAUAAGAGGCGAUUUGAAGUGAUUGGUUGGCUCAAUGAUUUGUUUCCCAACCUCAACAUCCCAAUUGGUGCGUCUGAGGAGGAACUUAGUGCUCGAUUGCUCGACGGUUCCAUUUUGUGUGGGAUCAUAAAGAAGUUUAAUCUUGGCUGCUCGAAGGAGAUCGUAUCGACAACCAAUCGAUUGGAGAAGAUAAGAACAUUUAUUGAAGUUGUAGAGCAAAUGAGAUUGCCCAGUUUCAAAAUAGAAGACUUAGAACAGGAUCACCUUGUGGGUGACCAUGAAGAUUUGAGCGACAUGAACUCAGCGAGAGAGAGAUGGAAGUCUCUUGAAAGCAGGUUGGACAUCUUAAGAGGGGGUAAUAUUUCAAGCAGACAGGCCUCUUCUCUCUUUGGAGAGGAGAGAAGUCACAGUUUUCAGGAGUCAAGACUUCAACGUGUGCUUCAAAGUUCUAUUUUGUCAGAGUCAUCAACACCACGAGUUCAUAUGGGUGGCCACAAAUUCCAUGAGGUUUUCCAACUGAGACCAGGGAAUUAUUAUGAUCUUCCAGCAGCCAAGAUCACAGAAAUGAUGAAAUCAAACAGCCUAGACAAUGCUCCUACUCAGUCUCUUUUAAGUGUCGUAAAUGGCAUUCUUGAUGAAAGUAUUGAACGGAGAAAUGGUGAAAUACCACAUCGUGUGUCAUGCUUGUUGCGAAAAGUUGUGCAAGAGAUUGAACGUCGUAUAUCAACUCAGGCAGAUCACAUACGAAAUCAAAAUAAUCUCAUUAAAGCACGAGAGGAGAAGUACCAAUCACGAAUUAGGGUGCUUGAAACAUUAGCUAAUGGUACAAUCUGUGAGAUUCAGACUGAAAAGCAGAAAAUGGAGGAGAGAAACAAUAAGUAUGGUGAAGAAGAUAUGACUGCUAAGUUGACAAAGCAGAAGGAAAAGAAUGAGCAGUCAAUUUCAGAGCUUAAGCGAGAGCUAGAAAUCACGAAAAAGUCAUAUGAACAACUACUUCAAAAAAUGGAGAUGAACAAAGCAUCAAGCGAGUAUUAUGUCGAAUCAGAUAAGGAAAAGAAUGAACAAAUUAUUUCACAACUUAAGAAGGAGCUUGAAACAAUGAAAAGGUCGUAUGAACAACAACAACAACAAAUGGAGACCACCAAAGCAGCAGGGGAGCACCGUGUGGAACUAGACAAGGAAAAGAAUGAGCAGACUAUUUCACAACUUCAGAAAGAGCUCGAAAUAGUGAAAAGGUCAUACGAACGACAGCUUGAACAAAUGGAGACCACCAAAGCGGCAGGGGAGCAUCAUGUGGAACAAGAUAAGGAAAAUAAUAAGCAGAGUAUUGCACAACUUCAGAAAGAGCUCGAAACCGUGAAAAGGUCAUAUGAACAACAACUUAAACAAAUAGAGAUCACCAAAGCAGCAGGGCAAAAACAAAUGGAACUACACAAGGAAAAGGAUGAGCAGACUAUUUCACAACUUCAGAAAGAGCUCGAAAUAGUGAAAAGGUCAUACGAACGACAGCUUGAACAAAUGGAGACCACCAAAGCGGCAGGGGAGCAUCAUGUGGAACAAGAUAAGGAAAAUAAUAAGCAGAGUAUUGCACAACUUCAGAAAGAGCUCGAAACCGUGAAAAGGUCAUAUGAACAACAACUUAAACAAAUAGAAAUCACCAAAGCAGCAGGGCAAAAACAAAUGGAACUACAUAAGGAAAAGGAUGAGAAGACUAUUUCACAACUUCAGAAAGAGCUCGAAACUGUGAAAAGGUCAUACGAACGACAACUUCAACAAAUGGAGACCACCAAAGCGGCAGGGGAGCAUCAUGUGGAACUAGAUAAGGAAAAUAAUGAGCAAAGGAUUUUACAACUUCAGAAAGAGCUUGAAACUGUGAAAAGGUCAUACGAACAACAACUUGAACAAAUAGAGAUCACUAAAGCAGGGCAAAAACAAAUGGAACUACAUAAGGAAAAGGAUGAGCAGACUAUUUCACAACUAAAGAAAGAGCUUGAAACCACGAAAAAGUCAUUUGAACACCAACUUCAACAAAUAGAGAUAAACAAAGCAACAGGGCAGAAACAUGUGGAACUAGAUAAGGAAAAGAAUGAGCAGACUAUUUCACAACUUAAAAAAGAGCUCGAAACCGUGAAAAGGUCAUACGAACAACAACUUGAACAGAUAGAGAUUGCCAAAGCAGCAAGGCAAACACAAAUGGAACUACAUAAGGAAAAGGAUGAGCAGACUAUUUCACAACUAAAGAAAGAACUUGAAACCACAAAAAAAUCAUUCGAACACCAACUUCAACAAAUAGAGAUCAGCAGAGCAACAGGGCAGAGACAUGUGGAACUAGAUAAGGAAAAGAACGAGCAGACUAUUUCACAACUUAAAAAAGAGCUCGAAACAAUGAAAAGAUCAUACCAACAACAACUUGAACAAAUGGAGAUUGCCAAAGCAACAGAGCAGAAACAUGCAGAACUAGAUAUGGCUAGGUUGGUAGAGGAGAAGGAAAAGAGUGAGCAUACAAUUUCAGAAAUUAGGCAAGAGCUUGAAAUUGUAAAAAAGUCACACGAACGAGAACUUCAUCAAAUGGAGAAUCAGGCAAGGGAACAUGAUGCAGAACUAGAGCAAAAGCUAAAAAAUGCAGAUUCCUCGUUAGCCAAAUCAGAAAGGAGAUUACUAGAGCUAAAAAAAAAUUCAGAAACCAAGUUUCAGAUAUGGAAUAGAAAGGAACAAGCUUAUCAAAGUUAUAUAGAUAUACAAUUCCAGUUAGUAAAGGAGUUGAGGUCAUCCUCUCAUUCCAUCAAACAUGAAGUUGUAAUAACACAAAAGGGAUCGCGUGAUGAAAUCAUCAGUUUUGGAAGACAGCUCAAAGUAUUGACUGAUGCUGUAGAGAAUUACCAUUCUGUUGUUGCAGAAAACAGGAAAUUGUACAAUGAGGUUCAGGAACUAAAAGGAAAUAUAAGAGUUUAUUGUCGAAUAAGACCAUUUCUGCCUGGGGAGAACAAUAAACACACUAUUAUCGAUCAUAUUGGUGGUGAUGGAGAAGUUGCAGUCUCAAAUCCCUCCAAAUCUGGAAAAGAUGGACAAAAGAUGUUCAAGUUCAACAAGGCAUAUGGUCAAACUGCUACUCAAGAGCAAGUUUAUUUGGAUACUCAACCAUUAGUUCGAUCAGUUCUUGAUGGCUUCAACGUAUGUAUUUUUGCAUAUGGUCAGACUGGAUCAGGAAAAACCUAUACCAUGACUGGACCAGAUAUAGCAACUGAAAAGGAAUGGGGUGUCAAUUAUCGAGCUUUAAAUGACCUAUUUCAGAUAUCACUCAAAAGGAAAGAUACUUACAUGUAUGAAGUUGGUGUUCAGAUGGUUGAAAUAUAUAAUGAACAAGUCCGUGAUUUACUUGCAACUGGUGGCUCACAAAAGAAGCUUGGAGUAUUGACUACUUCCCAUCCUACUGGGCUUGCUGUCCCUGAUGCAUGUAUGCUUCCUGUUAAAUCUACUUCUGAUGUUAUGGACGUGAUGCAAACAGGACACAGUAAUAGGGCUGUGAGUUCUACAUCGCUCAACGAAAGAAGUAGCCGAUCACACAGCGUCGUGACAAUUCAUGUCCGAGGUACAGAUCUGAAAACCGGAGCGACUUCACGAGGGUCUCUACAUCUGGUAGAUCUUGCUGGAAGCGAGAGAGUUGAUCGAUCUGAAGUAACUGGAGAUAGACUCAAGGAAGCACAACACAUCAAUAAAUCUUUGGCAGCACUUGGAGAUGUUGUUUUUGCUCUCUCGCAAAAAAGUGCUCAUGUACCUUACCGCAAUAGCAAACUAACUCAAGUAUUGCAAAGUUCUUUAGGUGGGCAUGCUAAGACACUGAUGUUUAUUCAGAUAAAUCCAGAAAUAGCAUCUUUUACAGAGAGUUUAAGCACCUUAAAAUUUGCUGAAAGAGUGUCAGGAGUGGAGCUGGGUGCUGCAAAGAGUCAGAAGGAAGGAAAAGACAUCAGAGAUUUGAUGGAGCAGGUUGCAUCUCUCAAAGAUACUAUUGCAAGGAAGGAUGAAGAAAUUGAACAGCUUCAACAGAUAAAAGGCAGUGUUUCGAAACAUGGUAAUGUUAGCCCAUUGAGGCAUUCAUCCUCUCCUAGAAUUUCAGUUCUCGACGGUGAGGAUCCCGACCAGAAGGAAAAUCUAGAUGGAGAGGUAGCGGAUCAAAAUUCUGCAGAACUCGAGCUUUUAGGCUAUGAUGAUGGAGAUUCAGAGGAAAGAUUAAGUGAUAUAUCAGAAACUGAUCAAACUGAUGGUUCUGUUGGCAGUUCGGAUAAUCCCUUGCUGGAACAAGUGAAAUCAUCAGAAACUACCAAAGAGAAAAUCAGCGUCAAGUGUAAAGAGAUCUACAAGUCAAACAACUUUGUCUUCACCCAGGCCUUCAAGGCUUCAACUGUGUUUCCUGUUGACGUGCGUGGAAAAUGGAUCAAAGCUGCCAGUGACAUCUCGAUGGAGACAGUCAUGGACAAAUUGUGGUACUCGUUGUUUAGUGGGGUUGCGAGUCCUUUAUAUAAUUUGGUGUGGUAG